AUGGCGCGCGUCCCCUUUAUCGGGAGGCUUUUUUGGUUCGAGUACCUCGCACUCUUAGCGUCCUUGGUGAUGGUCUUACUGGAGACUGUCAUUCAUCUGAUCACUUUCUGUCUACCCACGCCAAUCAUUCGAUUCUGUUACGAACAAUCCAAGUCUCUCUUUAAUAAAAUCUUACCUCUCGAGGCGCAGGUCAAGCAAGACAAGCGCACAAAAGAAGAGGUUCUGGCUGGAGCCGUGGCCGAGGCUUCUGAUUUUGUGGACAUCUGUGCUCUCUUUGGCUACGAAGCAGAGGAGCAUAUUGUUCAGACUGCCGAUGGAUACCUGCUUGGCCUCCACCGAUUAGCAUAUCGGAAGGGCGAAGAGAAGACGCGCGUCAACCAAGGCGCGGGCAGUACCAGUAAGAAAGUUGUUUACCUCCACCAUGGUCUCCUCAUGUCCAGUGAGGUGUGGGUCUCCUUGACAGACGAGCAACGAUGCCUCCCAUUCCAACUAGUGGAGAAGGGCUACGAUGUAUGGCUUGGCAAUAAUCGCGGUAACAAGUACGCGAAGAAGUCGGUAUAUUACUCUCCGGGCUCGAAUGAGUUUUGGGACUUCUCGAUCGACCAAUUCGCCUUCCACGAUAUUCCUAACAGCAUCGAGUAUAUCCUCGAGGUGACGGGCCAGCCCUCGCUCUCAUACAUCGGAUUCUCACAGGGUACCGCACAAGCAUUUGCCACUCUCGCAAUCCACCCUCUUUUGAAUCAGAAGGUUGAUGUCUUCGUGGCACUCGCGCCUGCAAUGGCCCCUUCAGGUCUCCGCAACCGCAUUGUCGAUUCGCUCAUGAAGGCAUCCCCAGACUUCCUCUUCCUACUGUUCGGCCGACGCAGCAUCCUCUCAUCAACCACAAUGUGGCAAACAAUUCUUUACCCACCGAUCUACGUCCGCAUUAUUGACACGAUGCUUUCAAUGCUUUUCAAUUGGAAAUGCCGCAACAUCACCCAGACACAAAAGCUUGCUGCCUAUAUGCAUCUGUAUUCGUUCACAAGCACCAAAUCAGUGGUCCACUGGUUCCAGAUUAUCCGUAACAAGAAUUUCCAAUUCUUCGACGACGAGCUCCACGCCCCAUUCAGCGUUGUUGCAAGUGAACGGUUUUACAAGCCUGUCAAAUACCCAACCCGCAACAUUAAGACCCCAGUCGUGCUUCUAUAUGGUGACAGUGACAGUCUCGUCGACAUCAACGUCAUGUUGCAAGGUCUACCACGUGGAACCAUCGCCAAACCAAUUGCCACCUAUGAGCAUCUUGACUUCCUGUGGGCAUCAGAUGUCCACCGCCAGGUUUUCGGUCAUGUCUUCGACGCACUGGAGACGCACAGCUCAAAUGGCACCGUUCCUUGUGAGGAUACAGAACCCAGUACAAAUGCCAAGUAUCUUCUUGAUGGGCGUGCUUCUAAUACAUCAGCGCUGCGAUCACAUCAUUUUUUGCCAACUAAGGCAGUUUAUGGGAUGUCUUGA